ACGUGUAACAAUGGCGACUGCAGCAAUCACCUGUGAUUGCUCUUCGUGUGUCGGAGCACGUGUUACCAUUCAGCAAAUAUUUUGUGUUCUAAGAAAAUAUGGAUGGCUGCUCGAUUCCUACGUGGUGGACUUUUACUACGAAGACUUGUGGCAGAAACUGCCGGAGGCGUGGAGAAUUAUUUUGGAAGAUGUGUCGCCGCGAGAAUUAGGAACGUGGAUAUCGGGGGAACACCAAAUCGAACGAGUCUGGCCGUUAACUUUAUUAACUCUACGACAAAUCGUUAGUAUUUUGACGCUUAACAGAGAUUGCAAUGGUGGCAUAGUGUUUAAAUGCGUACGAGCGGGAAACAGUGAAAGGGUUUUUCCGGAGCGCAAUUUAAAUAAACCAGGUGCUCAUUUCGAAGGAUCAGAGAAUUCAAAGGUUUCAGAUAAGAAAUUCAAAAAUAUAUUUUCGAAGCACGUGAAAAUUAAAAAACGACAUGAAAUUGAGAAAAUUGCUGAGAUAUGUGCGAACUGUGCAGUUCAAACUAAUUGUGAAUGCAUCGUGGAUGUAGGUGCAGGCAUGGGUCAUUUAGCACGUGCAUUAGCAUACAAGUACGGAUUAUGCACCGUUUGCAUCGAGCAACAACCCGUGUUAUCUGAACAAGCGAGAAAGUGGGAUGACCAAUUGCUUACAUCUUUGAGUAAACAUGUCUCUGAUUUUACUAAAAGAAAACCACUGCACGUAUCAGCAACAGUAAAGUCAUCAAAUUCGUCGAGAGCAGAACUCACAACUCAAUUAUUGGCGUUAUUUAGAGAUAAUUUCUAUCUAAAUACAAAUAUAUCGAAUUUUGGUUUUGUCGGUUUGCAUCCAUGUGGAGAUUUAGCUGCAACUUUGCUAAAGGUUUACGCUGAACAAAAGGAAAUUAAAUAUUUAUGCAUUGUUGGUUGCUGUUACAUGAAACUAACAUUAGACGGCAGUGAUGGUUGCGAGCAAUUCAAAGGGUAUCCACUCAGCAAAUUUGUCUCAUCAUGCUCAGAUUAUAAUAUAUCAUAUAAUGCAUUGGAAGUAGCUUGCCAUGCUUUGGAAAAUUACUGUGAUAAACUGAAGGAAGAAAAAUAUAAUGAUCUAAUUGUACAUGCAUAUAGAGCAGCAUUAGAAUGUAUAUUAAUUUCAAAGAACAAGGUGCUACGUCGUUCUCAAGUAAGAAGUGUAAAAUUGAAAAAAGAUAUGACAUUUGAACAAUAUUGUAAUAUUGCUACAGAGCAUUUCAAGGUUGAAAAUCAACCAACGAAGCAAGAUUGUGAAGAUACUCAUAUACAAGCGUUUUUAAACAAUUGGCGACAAAUUGUCGCGUUUAGUUCACUUCGAUUCAUGCUUGCACCUUUAAUUGAAACCAUAAUUUUAUUGGAUAGAGCUCUUUUUCUUUCUGAGAAAGGUUUAAAUAUGUCAUUAAAAUCAGAAUUUGACCCGAAACUUUCGCCUCGAAAUUUUGUACUGACAUCUUUUAAAUAA